AAAUACAUCUAUCUUCUUUACUCCUCUUCCGCUGUAGGCCGUCUUGUUGUGUACACCCUCGUCCGGUUCUCUCUAAGUCCCUCUUUCCUUCCAAGUGACUCAUACAGCGCAGUCACCAAUUCCACUUUCCAUUCCGCUAAGAUACCCGAACUCAGGUCACCCUCCGCCCCUCCUGCACUUGCACUUUCCACCUCUCCCUCCCCUCCUAGGUACUCCCACCAACUCAAUCCGAAUAAUUUACCCCGCCAUCCGAACUGUCCCAAAAAUUUCCCACUUGCACAGCAUCACCGCCCCCUGAGUCAACAAACACCGUGUUCUCACGUUCGUGUCGGAUUCUGCGAAAGGUGCACACGUAAUCCCUCGCCGCACGAAAAGAAACACACACGCAACAUACAACACACACCUAGCAGCCAUGGCCGCCGUUCAGGAAUUGGCCGAGCGCCUCAAGUCGGACGAUAAGGUCUACGUCGACACCGACGCCGGCGCCGACGAGCCCUCGACCACGGGCACCGAGUCCUCCCCCUUUAAGUCGCUCGCUGCCGCAUACAUCGCCAACAACGAAUCGGUCACCUCGCGCCAGUUUCUCACCCGCGCCUCCAAGACGGGCGACGACGAGGCCGCCCGCCUCGAGUGGAAGGAGCCCGCAAAGAGCGCCGUAAAGAAGGCCCAGUCCGCCCUCGACGCCCACCGCAAGAAGUUGGCCAAGCAGGCUCAGAUCGAGGCCAAAGAGGAGGAGCAGAAGAAGGCCCGUCAGCAGGCCCUCGAGGCUGCGAAACUGAUUGUCAUCAAGGAGGAUGAGUCGCUUCCCGAGCCGAAGCGCAUCACCAUUGGCGAGAAGAACGUCGUGCUCGGCGAAGGCGACAAGAAGGGCGACCGCGUUAAGAUUGCCGGACGCAUCCACAGACUGCGUGCCCAGAAGCAGGCUACGUUCAUUACCCUUGUCGACGGCUACGGCCAUCUCCAGUGCGUGCUCCAGGCCGGCGACCUGACAAAGACGUACGAUGCCCUCACCUUCGCCCAGGGCACCUCCCUCUGGGUCUACGGCGAGCUGAAGAAGGUCCCCGAAGGCCAGACUGCCCCCGACAACCGCGAACUCCACGUCGACUACUACAAGGUCAUUGGCACCUCGCCCACGGACGAGGACGCCAUCACCAACAAGGUCUCGCUGCUGCAGAACCAGUGGGACUCGCAGAUGCUGGACAAUCGCCACCUGGUCCUGCGCGGCGACAAUGCCUCCGCCAUCAUGAAGAUCCGCGCCGCUGUCGAGUGGGCUUUCACCAAGACCUACAAGGACCUCAAGAUCACAAAGGUUUCCCCCCCGGCCUUGGUUCAGACCCAGGUCGAGGGUGGUGCCACGCUCUUCUCCGUCCCCUACUACGACGAGGCUGCCUACCUCACCCAGUCCUCCCAGCUGUACCUCGAGACCGUCCUGCCCAGCCUGGGUAGCGUUUACUGUAUUGAGAAGUCCUUCCGUGCCGAGCGCAGCUUGACCCGUAGACAUCUUUCCGAGUACACCCACGUCGAGGCCGAGCUCGACUUCAUCGAGUUCCCUGACCUGCUCGAGCAUCUCGAGGAGGUCAUGUGUCGCGUCAUCGACAACGUCCUGGCUGACGAGGAGAUCGCCGCCUUCGUCAAGGAGCUGAACCCCGACUUCAAGAAGCCCGUUCGCCCCUUCAUGCGCAUGAAGUACACCGACGCCAUCGACUGGCUCAACGCCCAAGACCCCCCAAUCCUCAAUGAGGACGGCGAGCCUCACAAGUUUGGCGACGACAUCGCCGAGGCCGCUGAGCGCAAGAUGACCGACGCCAUCAACAAGCCCAUUUUCCUCACCCAUUUCCCCACCGAGAUCAAGGCCUUCUACAUGAAGAAGGACCCCAACGACGCGCGUGUCACCGAGAGUGUCGACUGCCUCAUGCCCGGCGUCGGAGAGAUCGUUGGUGGUUCUAUGAGAAUGGAGGGCUACGAGGAACUCAUGGCCGCCUACGACAGAGAGGGAAUUCCGUCCAAGGACUACUACUGGUAUACCGACCAGAGAAAGUACGGCACCUCUCCCCACGGCGGCUACGGUCUCGGUCUCGAACGCUUCCUGGCUUGGUUGGCCAACCAGCACACCGUCCGCACAACGUGCCUGUACCCCCGUUACAUGGGACGCUGCAAGCCUUGAAGAAGAGGCCGUUGUCGUCGUCGUCGUGUAGCGGUUUCUGUUGCUGGUUAGAAGAAGACAAAAACGCCUGGCGUGCUUUGAAAGCACUGCGGCGAGGCAUGAGCGAGAUCAUUCAGGGUUUUCAGGGGCUUUGCAAUGGUUUUGACAGCGAUUUGCUGCAAGGGCAUCGGAGACGGGUCAGGAUUCUAGAUAGGAGUUACGGAAUUCAAACCACCUGUCGGAGUGCCGACUCCUGUGGGACAACGAUCAUCUCUUCUGGCCGGUCCGGGUGACAAAGAAACGGGAGGGCUGACGAGACGUCGAUAGGCUCGGUUCCUACGCUGCUUCUCAUGGCGUCGGUCGAAGUAGGCAUCGACAAAUCGCAAAGGCCGGUCGACGGCAGAUAGUAUCUUCCUAGAGGGAUGUGCUUGGUUUGAGUCCGUGGAAGGCAGGCGUCGAUACGUCGACAUGUCAAAGCCAAACGUGAGAGUCUGACCCAAAACGCAGAAGCUUCGGCAAAAGCUUCGAUGAUGACGAGCACACAGCCAGUCCGUGGCAGGAUCGUAUCCU